CCGAUCUUUGUCCGAACAACAACCAUCUCUCAUCUCAUACAGAUCAGAAACACAUGUCUAUCAGAAAUACAUGUCCUCCAAUGGCAAUAGAAAGCGUAACCGACACUACAGUGCGAAACGAUGACGAGACCGAGACAGAGUCAACAGAGUUCGAGAAGAAUCAGAAACGGUACCAAGACCUGAUCUCCACGUUUCCUCACGUGAAAGGCUGGAGGCUUAAAGAUCCCCUGAUUGGAUACUGUGGUCAUUGGUGGAUACAGCCUAUCCUCGAAGGUUCCCUUUACGCCCAAGAGUUCUUCCAAGCGCGACCCAAUGACAUCCUCAUUUGUAGCUACCCAAAGACAGGUUCUACUUGGCUCAAAUCACUAACAUUCGCAAUAGCCAAUCGAUCUCGCUUAGAAGGUUCCACAAACCCUCUACUAAAACGUAACCCUCACGAACUUAUUCCUUUUAUUGAGAUCGAGUUCCCUUUGUUCCCUCAAGUUGAUGGUCUCAAAGACAAAGGAAACACUCUGUUCUCAACUCAUAUGCCAUACAAGUCACUACCCGAUUCGGUUGUGAAAUCGGGUUGUAAGAUGGUUUACAUCUGGAGAGACCCAAAGGACACUUUCAUCUCCUUGUGGCAUUUCUUCCAAAAGAAAAGGUCCGAAAGUGGCCCGCUCAAUGGUCUUGAGGAGUCUUUUGAUAUGUUUUGUAAAGGCAUUUCUGCGUAUGGUCCUUAUCUUGAUCAUGUCUUAGGUUAUUGGAAAGCUCACCAAGAGAAUCCGGAUCAGAUUUUGUUCCUUAGGUAUGAGACUUUGAGUGCUGAUCCUUUGCAUCAUGUGAAGAGAUUGGCUGAGUUCAUGGGUUAUGGAUUCACAGAUGAGGAAGAGAAGAAUGGGGUUGUUGAGAAAGUUGUGAAUUUUUGCAGUUUCGAGUCGUUGAAGAACCUUGAAGUUAACAAAGGAGAUAAGGAGAGGGAAGAUCAUCCUUCUCCGUUCACAAAGAGCGCGUAUUUCAGGAAAGGAAAGACCGGAGAUUGGGAAAAUUAUCUGACACCAGAUAGGGCAGCUCGUAUGGAUGGGUUAAUGGAAGAGAAAUUUAAGGGUACUGGUUUGCUUGAAAAUGGUAAAUGAGUUAGUUCCUUGUAUGCUUGUUUAAAGCAUAAGUUUGUUUCAUUACGUUACAUAUAUAUUGGAUGAAUAAAACUUGUUUCUGUUCAUGUGAAUGUAUUUUCACUAGGAAAAAAGAAUUGACUUUGCUUGA